AGUGGGUGCAUCCAAACUUCUGACUGGUACUGUAUAGCUUACACCAAAGGGUAAAAUCUAUAUAUUUUGAGCAAAAUAGUGCGUCUCGGCGUCUAUGAUUUAUGCUUAAUGAUGUGGACUGCAAAUUACAUAAUGAUGGGAGUAGGCCUGGGCUCACAGAAAUAAGAAUGAAUAGAAUUGGCUUGGAACUCUAACCCUGGAUAUUGACUGGUAAACUCAUGGGUACACUCCCAAUGGCUGCCUGGUAUUGUGACGCAAUAAUUUCAAUGGUAUUUUGGAAUUUCUAUUCAUUCUUAUUUCUAAGGCAGUUUAAUAUUCAGUAGCAUUCAAGCUUUAGCAACCUCAGACGAAGUACGAUGUUUUACCGGCUCAUUAUGGAGACCGAAGUAGGCCUAGACUUGUAGCAUGGACGGCGACGAGGCCCGAAAAGUAAGUCCAUUUCUAUCGCUAUAGGCCUUGCCUUGAAAUGAUUGACUGUAGACAGUUUUUGUAUUGAUUACACUGAAAAAUGUAUGGAAAAGGGUGCAUGUCUGGGGUUAUGUGUAAAUCCCCUGCUCCCAAAAAGGCUCUUACAUAUUCAUUUUAAUUUACAAAUACAAAAAAAUUGCAUGGAUGGACAUUGACAGGAAUAAAACCUAGUAUUGACGUGGUUGUACUGUCCUAAUACACCCUCACAUGGCAACUUUGAUCCGCAUAGAUACUAAUCAUCUAGACCACAGGGAUUGGUGGAAGUCAUGCAAAACAUUUUUUUCCGCAUUCAUGUAAAGAUGGCACUGAAGCAGACACAUUGAGCACACGUUUGACAUGUCAAAGCUUGUUGUACUAAUUACAUAUGCCACCAACAAAGGGGAUGGAUACAAUUUGGGAUUUUAACUUUCCUGACCAGGACAGUCACGCAAUACUGGAAUAUAAAAGAAAACCAGAAACCCUGAACAUGGGUUACAGGAAGCCCCAGAGAGGACAUUCCCUGUAUGCUUCAGAGGAAAACUGGGGGAGAAGCUCCAUCAGGAGACCCCAGGGUUUGACCUGUUGGACCCCAACAUGAGAGUCAUAGAUGUUGGUUAUAACUGCCUCCACGACAAACACCUGAAGUGUUUUUUCCGCCAUCCGGAAAGGAAGAAGCGGCUGGUGAAGCAAGGCCUCAUCACCUCAAAUGAGAAGGCAUGGCAAACCUCCUUUUUCUUUCCAAAAUCUAAAAGUGACACUUAUAUGGAGCUGAGAAAAUUGGACAGGUGUAAGCAAUAUAAUGGCUAGGUGAAAUGCUUGCCAUUUUGCUUAGUUUACACAAAUCCAAGUCUACAAGUGCAUAUGGUCAUUGUUAGUGCAGGUUGUAAAAGAGAAUGUGUUCUUAAUGUCUUACCUGGUUAAAUAAAGGCAAAAUCAAUCAAUAUUGGGGUAGGGGUUAGAGGUAGAUUUGGGAUUGGGUGUUUGUACACAUGAACUUCCUCUAAAAAUGGCUCUUUUGUGAGGCCUCCCUUUCAGGUGCUGUGUACGUGUAAAGAGUACAAUCGCUACAGUGGCUACAUCAAGUCAGUUCAGUUGCUGUGGGAGAAGCAGUGCUGUGCCCAGCAGAAAAGUAUUUUGAAACAGUUCCUAGUCUUGCAGCAGCAAGGGGAGGUUCCGUCCCAUAUCUCACUGACGGAUAUUAGAGAAUGGCUCAUUGCCAAGGGUAGGAACUACUUCAAGAACACGUUUCAGAGUCAAAUGGAAGAGGGGAAGAACCUUUACUUGGCCGAACUGGCUUGGGAGGUGAAACGACGCCUCAGGCUUGAGGAGCUGGAAAGAGAAGUGUGCAGGGAGCUGCGCCUGGAGCGCCGAAUUGGACAGCCUGGUAGCCAGAUGGGAGAUUGGAGACCCCUGGGCAUGGAGACACACACACCUCUGGUAAUGGACUCUCCCUUCAGACACUUUACCUCCUCGAUGGACACUCUUUCCAGUCAGAUCUCGACUAAGAACCUCAAGGUUGCUAGGCUACAUACUGCCAGACCACGUUCUGCCAGACCACCAACUGAAAGACCUAGCAGUGACUCUGAUCACUCUGGAACCUUUUCUACUGUGAUGACCUGCUCACCACAUUCAGCUAGCCCGUCAGUGAUGACUGUUAGGGACUUGCUGCUCAUGAUUGGGCACAUAACAAGCUCAGUAUUGGAGGAGGUAAAUGGCAUCCUGAUCCCUGCCUUGGUUGACCUUAUAAGGCUGAGAGCUUCAGAAAGUGCUGCAGAGAGUUUGCUCCCCAUCAGCAGAGACACCAACGAAGAUUCAACCCAGGGCUCUGUCAGCUGUACCUCCUUACUCUCCAAAGUCAAUGUGAUCUGUCUCACUCAGAGUCCUGACAGUAGGUGCUCCCCAAUCUCCAUUGAUGAACCAGUCACUGCUGUCCAGACUUGUUGUAGCAGCAGUUCUCUGUCCAGUGAGGAACGAGCACACUCUUCCUCCAGUCAGAUCUCUACUAAGAACCUCCUGGCUACUAGGCCACGUUCUACCAGGCCCCAAUCUGCCAAACCGCCACCUGUUAAACCAUCACCUGCUAAACCACCAUCUGAUAAACCGUCAUCUGCUAAACCACCAUCUGAUAAACCACCAUCUGCUAAACCACCACCUGCUAAACCACAAUCUGCUAAACCACCACCUGCUAAAUUACAGUCUGCUAAACCACAAUCUGCUAAACCACCCCCUGCUAAAUUACAGUCUGCUAAACUACAAUCUGCUAAACUACCACCGGCUAAACUACAAUCUGCUAAACCACCACCUGCUAAAUUACAAUCUGCUAAACCACCACCUGCUAAACUACAAUCUGCUAAACCACCACCUGCUAAACUACAAUCUGCUAAACCACCUACUGCCACUGACUACUCUGGAACCUUAUCUGCUAUGGUAGGUCGUGGGCAUGUCAUCCCUGUCAAACUGACCUUGGCCCCUUUCUCCUCCUUACUCUCCAGCGAAGAGACCAACACCAACCUCCCCUCCAGCAGCCGCCCCUCCUCGUGCUCUAUCAAGCUUUUAGACAGUAGGAGUGACAUUCCUUGCUCCCUGGCUGUGAGCUCUAUUUCAACUGUUCUUGGACAUGACUCUAGCAGCAGCCCUGUGCGGGAGAAUCAAUUUGCUACUGAGGUCUCGUCGAUCUGCCUCAGCCAAGAUAGAAAUGGCCAAGGAGGGAGUGUGACACCUCCAGCCCCUUUGGAUGUUUCCCUCCCCUCCAUUAUUGAGCGGGCUGGUGGACUUGUAUGUUCCGUCAUCUCCAAGUCUUUAGCAAUUGUGGAGGCGCGGUCAAGUGUGAAUGGUGAGGAGGACUCUCCAUCUCCCACCACAGUCUCCCAUUCUCCUACAAGGGUGUUUGUCAGCCACUUAAGGAGUAGCCCACUAGGUGAGGACCUUGUAGAUUCAACACUUGCGGAUGUUAUCUCUGUCCUGAAAAUGGAGGGAAUUCUUUCCUCCUCUCCGACUUUGGAGGAGGAGCUGCUUGAUCUCUCCUCCAGUUGUUCUUCGUCAUCCAGCGAAACACUGCAAUGUGUGUCUGUUGGCCCUCUUGGCAGUGGGUCGGAGACGUCCUUGAAACUUCUUGGGGGUCGUACUCUGAGUAUCGCCACCCCAACCGCCCAUGUUAUCACAGAGGACUUAGAAGUCUACAGUGAUGAGAUCAUUGACGAAAUCCUUAUUAUAAUGAGGACCAAAAAAGAUGAUGACAGUGGAAGUGACGUCUCUGGUGCAUCAACACCAUGCAGCACACCAGCACCACAGAGCCGGUCCUCUUCUGCACUGAGGGGAGUGCUUCCCCAUGACAGGAGGAUACUCAGCACAACACUGCUUGGAAUCCAGAACACACGAGACAGUGAGAACCUCUCAGGAGAGUGCUCCAUCUCACCACAGGACAAUGCCAGAGUCCUGGAGAUGAUAAAGUUGCUGCAGAGGUGCCUUGAUGGGACACCCUCAGAGUCCUCCAUCCAUAUCACAGAUGUGGCUUCACCCUUGGGCUUUCCUCUCCCUGUAUCUCUCCAUGCUGUUCAGUCGUGUGUAUUUGCCACUGACAAAGACCUAAAGGCAGAAAGAGUGAAGGGAGUCUUUGAAAGCCUGAGAUCCCAGUUUAUGAGCUACUCCAUCAAGCCUGUGAGUAACAUCAUUACCAGGGCAACAACAAAGAUGGCUGCCUCCAAUCAGGUUAGUUUAGAGACACCCCAGGCAGCAUCAGCAAAAUCAGAUGCUGUGGCUCAGAACCUUAUUAGUUCGGUUUUAUUUCAAGUUGCCAAUGUGUCCUGCUCUGAUGACAUAGAGGGUCUGGGUGAUCAUCUCAGAUGCCCCUCAACUUUGACCAGAGUUCUGACACCUUUGACCUCCGAGAAAGCUACACUGACACCUGCUGUUCUGAAGAUCAGAAGGGAGAUGUGUAAGGAAGUGGCCACCGAACUCCAGAGUUUCUUGAUCAAGGAAUCCCUUACUGGCACCCAGACACCAUCCAAUGGACAUGCUUGCACUUCUGGUUCUGCCCCAAGGGAAGCUGUGCGGGACAUCCUGAGGAAAACCAAAGAGGAGGCUUCCAACAAAAGCCUGAAUAAUAUUUUCUCUGUUAAUUUGGAUGAGCGGCUCACAGACUCCAUUGCAGAUGCCUUAUAUCCAAAGCUGCAUGACACAUUGGAGUCCAAGAGAGAGCUGCAGGCUUCUUAUUACAGCUCCCAGAUCAGCUGCAGCCUCAGCCCCUUUGAAGUUGAGAGCAGCCUAGCGCUCCAGGAGUUCACUGACCCACUAUCUGAGUCAGUAUUGUGUCUCCUGGAUAGGACAUUUGGAGAUAAAGCUCAGAACUUAAAGACAGGCGGGGGUGUUUUACAAUAUGUUACAGACCCAACCUAUAAGAAGCUUUUGAUUGGACCCCACACCAACGACGUCAAUGUGGUUGUGCACACGAUUGCAGUAGAAGAGUUGCCUGUUGAGGGUUGUAUAGCGCAAAGUGAGGCCAUUCAUGGCCUUCACAAGAAGCAAGAGUUACCUUCCAGUGGCAGAGGGUAUGAGACCCCGAGCCCUACUAAUUGCCUGCUGGAGGGUGUAGUGGGCAAACUGGUACGGAAGAUGCUAUUUCAGGGCCUUGACAUCCCUGAGGUACCCAUGAACGACAGCCGCUCUGAGAGCUUUAAGCUACAGUAUGAACUGGUUGCGAAGCUUUGUCCUCUGAUGGUAAGGACAAUCAUGGCUACAACCAUAGCCAAUCAACCACCUACUAUUCAAGAAGCAGUGAUGUCUUCCGAGAACAUCCAUGUGAAAGAGCUGUGUGAGGCAGGUAUCAAACCUCUCAAAGAGAACCAUGUACCCGAUGACUCUGAGACAAACAUCAUGGUCAGAAGGGCUUUGAGUGAAAUUGAAUCCUGUAUGAUUGAGACCUCCGACGAGGACUCUCCCAGUCUACAUUCCACACCAGAGGUGGUUGUAGACCUGAUCACCAAGCUGCUUCAUGGGUAUGAGCUUGACUCAGAGGACUUUGCAUCACCUGUGUCAUCCCCAACCACCACUCUCUCUGAUGUGGCAAUGGACAUGGUGGUUUCUGUCCUUCGGGACAUGUCCGAUUCCCCAGACGUUACCUCAGCAUUGGAAAUGACCAAGGAUCUCAAGACGCCGUACUCCCGCCCCUCAAGUGCAAGGAUUGUAAGUGCCCUCUGCAGAGAGCUGGAGGAGCACAUGGGCUCUCCUGAUGCUCUGAGGCGAGCUUUGAGCCGCGGCAGCGGGGAGAUGACAACAGCCAUUGCAAGUGCAGUCACCAGGGAAGUCAACCGUCUUGGUUCAAUCGUACCCAAAGUCUCUGUCCGGCCGCUCUCCUCAGACAUCUGCCUAAGGACAGAGCAGGACAAGGUCAUGGUUAAGAGCCGAUGUGGCUCGGCUGAGGUGAAGGCAUCCCAACCGGUGUAUAUUAUUGUUCACGUAGAGGCGGUGAUGGAUAUCAUUGUCCGGCUGCGGUCUCUGAUUGUUCCUCGGACUCAGGAUAAACUGGCCAGCUGGACCCUAGUUGAGGAUGUGACCAACAAGCUGUCCAGUGCUCUGUGGGUGAGGGUGACUAACAGGUGGAGGGAAGCAAAUGUCUGCCUGAAGGCAACAGACAUCUUUCAGCUGGUGCUGUCUGUGCAUAGAAAGUUGAUGCAACGCUAUGGCACAGAGGAAGCCCUACAGAAGAUACUGUGCCACAAGGCACCCAAGCUGCACAAGGACAUUGUCUGUCUUGUCACGAACGCAAUUAUGGAUGCACCAUCCAAACUUCAAGGCACCAAAAAUCUGGAAUCUACACUCAACUUGAAAGAAUUGACAGCCUUGUUUAAUGAAAUGACAAACCGUCAAUCUUUGAAUAAGAAAGCUGAGCAGAGCAGCAUCAAGACUGAGAUUGAACAGCCGGAGUGCUCCACUGUGGAACAAGUGACAUCCGGUUCCAGCAGCUUUACUAGGGAGCUUAUAUUAGAAGAAGUCCUGAUGAAGCUUGUCAAGAAGAUAUGCCAUAUCCCAAAAAGGAUCAACAAACAUCAGCGCAUCCAGAUCAGUGAUCUGGUGACUGAGCUGAUCCGAUUGUUUGAUGAUGAGGUGGCCAAAUAUCUGAUUGAGGAAAUGGGAAGCCAGCAAAAAAGUUUCAAUUCUAAGAUGACAUCGAAGCUGGCAGAUGCCAUCUACACUGACCUUGGGAAGGUCAAGCGUUUGAAACGCUCCUUGAAAAUUGACGAUUUAUUUGAGGAUCAGGAGAUGCUUUCCAUUGUCUCUGUCAUUGUUUCCCACAAGCUACUGGGCAUCUUGAAACCCUCAGUGCCCAGCGAGACCUCAGACCUUGAAGACUCAUACAGUGAUGAUGUGGAAGAUGUGGAAUCUGAGGGGGUGCAUUAUGCCACUGGCAGAAAGUCCAAGAUGAGCAUUGUCCUUAAAGACACUACGGACCAGCCAGAGAUGUACAUUGCUGUGGAUUCUCCACCUAUGUUUAAAUUAUCCAAGAUGAGGAAAGGCAUCCGGGACUUCUUCUGGGGAGUCCAGAAGGCCUGGAAACGCUUGGUCACCUGCAAGUCCUCUGGCUCCUCUGAUGGGUAGCCUGGAUGACGUGCAGCCCAUGUCAGUUGCUUUUGCCAGGCUACAUCUGAGGAGGACACCACAACUGGCCUCAAUACAACAUUUUUAUUUUUGUUGUUCAUUUUUGUUGUUCAUUUUGAGUCCCCUAAUGCUGCUAUAUUUGAACCAGGCUGUCAGUGGACUAGCUUACCAUUAGUUUAUAACUAUGUAUUUUAUUUUUCAAUCACUUACAUACUUUUUAAUGGUUGUUUUAAUAAACCAUUUGUAUUGCAGAUGUUGAUUAAUAUUGUAUCUUUUAUAAUUUUUAAUUUAGGUAUUCAUUUGAUGACAUGGGACUAAAGCGUAGUUUAUACCCUACAUACGUACACAAGAAAUAACUACAAGCAGCUACACAAAAAACACUACACAAGAACGUAGGAUCAGCAUUUUGUGAAGCGUUCUUGUGUUGCACAUGAAGGGUAUGAACUAGGCUUAGUCAUUUUAUGACUUCUAUAAGGGUAUAUAAUGGUAUCCAUACUGCAGUAUUAAGAUAUUCAUUAUGGAGCUUUAUAUUAUAGUAGAAAUAAUGUAAAUGAAUAAAAGUGAAUUGAUGUAUGUCAA